AUGAGUGAAGAGAUUGAACCCUAUAUUGCUAAAAAAUUUGAAAUCAUUCAAAAAUUAGGAAAAGGAGCAUAUGGAAUUGUAUGGAAAGCCAUUGAUAAAAAAUUGAAAUAAGUAUUCUUCUUCUUCUAAUUUCAAAUAGGUUGUUGCCUUAAAAAAAGUUUUUGAUGCUUUUCAUAAUGCCACUGAUGCCUAAAGAACAUUUAGAGAAGUCAUGUUUCUUUAGGAAUUAAAUGGACAUGAAAAUGUAGUUCGUUUACUCAAUAUUAUGAAAGCUGAGAAUAAUAAAGAUUUAUAUUUGGUAUUCGAUUAUAUGGAGACUGAUCUACAUGCAGUUAUUGUAACAAACUCUUCUUCAAUAUUAGCGUGCCAAUAUUUUGGAAGAAAUACAUAAGAAAUAUAUUGUUUAUUAAAUCUUAAAGGCUCUCAAAUUUGUACAUUCAGGAGAAUUAAUUCAUAGAGAUCUUAAACCAUCUAAUGUCCUUUUGAAUUCAGAAUGCUUAGUUAAGGUUGCAGAUUUUGGAUUAGCUAGAAGUCUUGUGUAAAAUGAAGAUGAUGGUAAGAAUAAUAUCACAUAUUUUUUUAAAGGAAUGGUUCUCCUCACUGAAUAUGUGGCUACUCGAUGGUAUCGUGCACCUGAAAUCUUACUUGGAUCUACAAAGUAUAGUAAGGCAGUAGACAUGUGGUCUGUUGGUUGUAUAGUAGGAGAACUGAUAUUAGGAAGAGCAAUAUUUCCAGGAACAUCAUCAUUGAAUUAAAUAGAACGUAUUAUAGAGUUACUUGGAAAACCAAAAGCAGAUGAAUUAGAAUCAUUAGAAAGCCAAUUGGCUGGUAAUAUUCUAGCUUCUAUAAAUGUCUCGAAAAAGAAAUCAUUUGCUUAAUUCUUUACUGGAGCUAGUGAAGAAGCACUUGAUUUAAUAAGAAGAUUACUUUGUUAUAAUCCAAAAAUAAGAUUGACAGCAGAAUAAGCAUUAAAACAUAGAUAUGUUAUAGAGUUCUCGUAGCCAGAUGAAGAGAUUGUAAGUUUGUAACCAUUUAAAAUUUCUAUGAAUGACAAUAAGAAAUUUACAAUAAAAGAAUAUCGUGAAUCUUUGUAUGCAGAUAUAUCUUAAAGAAAGAAGGAUCAAAGAAAAAAAUGGUAGCUAAAAUAUUUGGCAUAAUUGGGUGUCAAUUUAGAAGAAGAGAAUGAUAAAAAGUACUUUAAUCCAUCUAUAACAGACUCAAAAAUAAAGAACCAAGUCCAAAACGUAAAGAUGAUAUAAUAGAUUUAAAUAAAGUGGAUGAUUUGUAAUUGAUUUAUCAAUAACAGAUGCAAUAAUAAAUUCAGUAAUAAAAAAAGAAUUUGAGACCAUAAUCCUAAUCUGGAAAUUAAGCUAGGUAACAUAGUCAAGAUGUAGCAAGAACAAUUUCUUAAGAAAAUUCAUAGUAAUAAAUUUAACAUACCUAAUAAACACAUCAUAAAUCAAAUUCAAUAGUUAUGAAUUCAAAUUAAUAUAAACAAGGUUAUUAUUAUCCAUUCCAGUAACCUACUAAUAAUUAGUAGACUUCUAAAUAUAAUGGAAUCAAUAAAUCAGCUAAUAAUAUUGUGCAAUAAUAAAUGGGAAGAUCUUCAACGGGAUACUAUUAAAAAGUCAAUAAAAAAUGA